AGGCAUGGAAGAAACGGUGGUUCGUCCUGCGCAGCGGUCGGAUGAGUGGCGACCCCGACGUCCUGGAGUACUACAAAAAUGAUCACUCCAAGAAACCUUUGCGUGUGAUCAACCUCAAUUUUUGUGAGCAAGUGGAUGCGGGCCUGACCUUCAACAGGAAGGAACUGCAAGACAGCUACAUCUUUGACAUCAAGACAAGUGACAGGACCUUCUACUUGGUGGCUGAGACUGAGGAUGACAUGAAUAAGUGGGUUCGAAGCAUCUGCCAGAUAUGUGGCUUCAACCAGUCCGAGGAGAACACAGACACCCUGAGGAGCAUUGCCUCCAUGAACCACGCACCACGGUCUUCCCCAGCAGAGCUCAGCAGUGCCAGCCACCACCUGCUGCGAGAACACAAGUCCUCAGCACCAUCCCACUCCAGCCAGCCCACCCUGUUCACUUUCGACUCACCUGCCAGCCACCUCCAGAGCACCCUGUCUGCCAGCGCCCCCCAGGACUAUCUUUUCCUCCACCAGUGUAUGAGCAGGAAGUCAGAAAAUGCAAGGAGUGCCAGCUUCUCCCAAGCCACAAGGUCUGCCUUCUUCAUGAGAAGUGAUACUGCAGUCCAGAAGCUCUCACAAGGCAACGGGCACUGCGUGAACGGGGUUGGUGGGCAGCUCCAUGGCUUUUACAGCCUGCCAAAACCCAGCCGGCACAACUCGGAGUUCAGGGACAGUGCGUACGAUCUCCCACGCUCCUUCGGUUCCUAUACCCACCCCAAGUCCAGUCUCACCAGCUCUGAAACGGAUAAUGAGGAGGUCUACACCUACAAAACUCCCAACAACACCCUAUGCAAGGAGUUUGGGGAGCUCUCCACGGACUCCUAUGACAUCCCUGCCACCCCACUCUCCAUCUACCAGAUCCCCAGGACAUUUACACUGGACAAGAACCACAAUGCUCUGGCUGUGGCUGCCAGCGACUCAGCCUCUGCACCUCCCCCACGGCCCCCAAAACCUGGGCAGACGGAGCCACGGUGGGGCAGCCCCCCCCAGCGGCCCCAGCCUGGUGAAAAUUUAGGGCUGGCCCCCAUGGCAGCCACCAUUCCCCGGAGAAACACACUGCCAGCAGUGGAGAACAGCAGGCUGCACCGAGCUUCUUCUUGUGAGACGUACGAGUACCCCCAGCAUGGGGGCAGCAGUGCUGUGCAGUCAAUCGAGUCGAUGAAUGAUGGGUACAACUCCUACCUGCAAGCCAAAGCAGCAGUGGCUCGCUCCCACAGUACCGACUCCGAGGACAACUACGUCCCCAUGAACCCUGGUUCCUCACCCCUGAUCCACACUGAGAAAGCCAACGACAAUGCCCAAAAUCUCUACAUCCCCAUGAGCCCUGGGCCGCAUCACUUUGACCUGGUGGGGUUGUCCUCAGCCACCCUUCCCGUGCAUAAAGGAGGAGCCGUGGCACAGUGCCACAGACGGUUGAGUGAAAUCCAGCCCCCACCAGUCAACCGCAACCUCAAACCCAACCGGAAAGCAAAGCCAUCACCACUGGACCUGAGGAACAACACUGUCAUUGAUGAGCUUCCCUUCAAAUCACCAGUCACAAAAUCCUGGUCCAGGCCAACCCAGACCUUCAAUGCCGGCUCUCUGCAGUACUGUCGCCCUGUCUCCUCCCAGAGCAUCACCAGCACUGACUCAGGAGACAGCGAGGAGAACUACGUGGCGAUGCAAAACCCCAUUUCUGCUUCUCCUGUUCCUAGUGGUACCAACAGUCCAGCACCUAAAAAGAGUUCGGGGAGUGUGGAUUACCUGGCCCUGGACUUCCAGCCAAGCUCACCAGGGCCACACAGGAAGCCCUCCACCUCUUCGGUUGCCUCAGAUGAAAAGGUUGAUUACGUGCAAGUGGACAAGGAGAAGACACAGGCACUGCAGAGCACCAUGCAGGAGUGGACUGAUGUGCGGCAGUCCUCAGAGCCUGCCAAGAGCACAAAGCAGUAGUGCCAGCGGCAGGCGUCGGAACAGGCAAAUGUCCUGGUGGUUUUCCUCGGCUGCUGCCCCACCGGGCUGCCAGCUCCACUUGGGCUGAAUUUCUAAGACUUGUCUGUGGAGGGGAGGGUGUCUCAUUAUUUUUUUUUCUUAAGACAAAAGGAAACUUAAUUUCAGGGGAAGACUUGGCAGAUACUGUUUGCCAGUGAUAAAGACCAACUGUGUUCGGUGGCUAGGUUUGUGCUUUAGCUUUUGGAUGCACAAUCCAGGAACUUUGACUUAGCAAUACCAGGUUUCACCCUAACAUCUUUCGCUUAUAGCUAUUAAAGCCACCUUGUAUGUGCUAACACUGCAUCAUCUCUCCCUGUCUUCUUCCGUGCCAUACCUCCAAACCAUACCAUGCAGGUUUGCAGCAUCUCCCAUAGGACAUCAUUCCUCUGCUCUGGUUCUCCACUCCUUAUGGUUGUGUUCUUCUCUGCCUCCUCCCAGUCCCAGAACUA